AUGAGGCUCUCAGCUCUCCUCGCCCUCCUCCCCGCCAUCGCAGGCGUCUUCGCCAGCGACGUCCUCGACCUCAACCAGGAGACCUUCAUGUCCGAGGUCUACGAUGAGGACCUUGCCCUCGUCGAGUUCUUCGCUCCCUGGUGUGGCCACUGCAAAAACCUCGCUCCCCAUUACGAGGAGGCCGCCACGACGCUCAAGGGCGAGAACAUCAAGCUCGCAAAGGUCGACUGCACCAAGGAGGAGACGGUGUGCAAGCAGUACGAUGUCCAGGGCUACCCCACCCUCAAGGUGUUCCGCAAGGGCGAGCCGACCAACUACAACGGCCCCCGUGAGGCCGAGGGCAUCAUCGCGUACAUGCGCAAGCAGGCCCUCCCUGCCGUCUCGGUCCUUACCACCGAGAACCACGACGAGUUCACCACCAAGGACAAUGUCGUCCUAAUCGCGUACGGCGACGACGCGCACCCCGUCCCCGAGGCGUUCUCGCAGUUCGCCGACGUGGCGCGCGAGAACUUCCUCUUCGGCAAGGUCGAGGGCUCGUCGCUCCCCGAGCUGCCGAAGGGCACCAAGCUCCCCGCGCUUGUGCUGUACAAGAAGUUUGACGAGGGCAAGGUGGUCUACGACGACGACUUUGCCAAGGACAACCUGGGCGACCUGAUGGGCUGGGCGAACGCGCAGUCGGUGCCGCUCUUCGACGAGAUCGGCCCGAAGAACUUUGCAAAGUACGCCGAGUCGGGGCUCCCGCUCGGCUUCCUCUUUAUGGACCCUAAGGACGAGGCGACGCGCGACCAGAUCCGCAAGGACUCGGCCGAGCUCUUCAAGGCGAACCGGGGCAAGCUGAACUUUGUGUGGAUUGACGGCGACAAGUUUGGCGAGUACGGCAAGUCGCUUGGCGUCGCGCCCGAGUCGCAGCCCGGCUUUGUCAUCCAGAACCUCCAAGAGCAGACCAAGUACCUGAUGCCCGAGGCGUUCAACGCCAAGUCGCUCGAAAAGUUUGUCACGGCGUUCGUGGCUGGCGACGUCGCGCCGCACGUCAAGUCGCAGCCCGUGCCCGCGUCCCAAGACGGGCCGGUGUACAAGCUCACGACGCUGGGCUGGGACCAGCUGUUUGAGCAGACGGACAAGGACAUCUUUGUCGAGUUCUACGCGCCAUGGUGUGGCCACUGCCAGCGCCUCGCGCCCGUGUGGGACACGCUCGGCGAGAGCUACAAGGGCUCGAACGUCGUCAUCGCCCAGAUGGACGCGACGGAGAACGACCUCCCCGCCGGCCUGCCCUUCCGCGUCGAGGGCUUCCCCACGCUCAAGUUCCGCGCCGCCGGCUCGCACGAGUUUGUCGAGUACGAGGGCGACCGCUCGCUCGAGAGCCUCACCGAGUUCAUCGAGGCCAACAGCAAGGCACCCAAGGUCGAGAAGAAGGCCGACGAGGCCGACGCCGAGGACGAGGCCCACUCGAAGCGCGACGAGCUUUAA